AUGCUGGCGUCUGCCGGGGAUGAUGGAAAUGUAUUGCUCUGGGUUCCGUCGGAAUUGCAAACCCAAGGUGGCUUGGGAGAGGACCGAUCGGACGAUAAGGAAACAUGGCGAGUCAAACACAUGUGUCGCUCGUCCGGCGCAGAGAUCUACGAUUUGGCUUGGUCUCCAGAUGGCGUCUUCCUAAUCACGGGGAGCAUGGAUAACAUUGCUCGGAUUUAUAACGCGCAAACUGGACAAAUGGUGCGCCAAAUUGCUGAACAUUCCCACUACGUCCAAGGCGUGGCAUGGGAUCCUUUGAACGAAUUCGUCGCAACACAGUCAUCGGACCGAUCCGUGCAUAUCUACAGCCUGAAAACGAAAGAUGGCCAAUUUACGCUGACCUCUCACGGGAAAUUCUUGAAAAUGGACUUGCCGGCCAAACGCAUUGCUUCGAGCAGUCCAGCUCCGGACCUCUCGAUCCGGUCCCAGCCGGCCACCAGUAACGCGGCUGCGAUCACAUCUCCGGCGCCGUCUACACCCGGCACCCCAAUGGCCUCGAAUCUGCCCAUGGACCCCCCUCCAGUGUCCCACAGUCGAAGAUCCUCCUUUGGCUCUUCCCCGUCCAUUCGCCGAUCCGCAUCCCCUGCACCAUCCUUGCCGUUACCUGCAGUCAAGCCGCUUGAAGUACCGUCGCCGAGUAUUCUCAGCGGAUUGGGCGUCAAGAAUGCCAACAUUUACGCGAACGAAACGUUCACCUCGUUCUUUAGACGAUUGACAUUCGCUCCCGACGGAAGCUUGCUGUUUACGCCCGCCGGUCAGUAUAAAACGUCGCACUUGUCUGCACCGGAUUCGGCGAAAACGACAGAUGAGAUCAUAAACACCGUGUACGUCUACACGCGCGCGGGCUUCAACAAACCGCCAAUUUCCCAUCUCCCAGGCCACAAGAAGCCCUCGGUCGCAGUCAAAUGCUCGCCGGUGUUUUACACCCUGCGACAGGCGCCUCAGCCCGAGCGUCACAUUACUUUGGACACGUCCUCCGGGGAAGAGGCGUUCGCUUCUCUCCCUGAUCCCAUAGUGAGUUCCACGGGCGAACCAACUUCUAUGGAGCCGCCGCCGCCAGCACCUGCAGCAAGUGACCCGCCGAGAAGCAACCAGACCCCCAAAGACGAUAGCCCCUCUUCUACUCCCACACCGACCCCUGUCUUCAGCCUUCCUUAUCGAAUAGUUUAUGCCGUGGCCACCCAAGAUGCCGUCCUGGUUUACGACACCCAACAGCAGACGCCCCUUUGCGUUGUGAGCAAUCUGCACUUCGCCACCUUCACUGAUUUGACAUGGUCGAGUGAUGGAUUGACCUUGAUUAUGAGCUCGUCGGACGGAUUCUGCUCGUCGCUGUCGUUUGCGCCGGGGGAGCUGGGUCAAACGUAUAAUGCUCCGACGGCAACCGCACAGCACGCCGGGAUAUCUAGCGCACAGGCGACGGCGGGUCACACCAGUGUGCCCCCGACGAAACCGAGUCCAGCUGCGCCAGUCACCGCCGCGCAAGCACCUCCGGCAAGUCCGGCGCGCUCUAACUCCGUGUCAUCGGUUACCACGCAGUCCCCUGCGCAGCAAGCCGCGGGAUCCGUGGUUAAUAACCCAACGCCUACCCUGGGCUCCGUGCCGCUCGUGACGGCGACCAACUCCUCACAACCUCCCACACUUCCGCUGUCUACACCGCCGCAGACUCCCAUGUCCGCGGUCUCUCAGAGUGGGACAAGUUCAGUCAGCAACAGCGUCCUAGGGAAACGUGCGGGCGAGUCUGAGAAGGAGGAUGAGCAAAGUUCGGUUUCACAGGUACAACAACCGAAAAAGAGGCGAGUAGCACCGACUCUUGUUUCAGCGGGGACCGGAAAUGGCUCGUCCGCGGGCAACGAGUCGAGUAAUCCGGACGUUGGUAGCUAA